AUGGCUACUUUCCGGCGAACGGACACCCCAAGGCUGCCCGGUGCGCGCUUGGAUGUUGGAGCACAUGACAUUGUUCAACGCAUGCUGCCUUGCCACGAGACCAAGCAUCUUGUGUCUACUAGCCGCUUCUCUUCCGAUGGCAGCGUCGUCACAUUAUCUCAGGACAUAUUGUCGGACGGCUCGUCCGGCCGAGCAGACUCCAGCGACAGCACCCUCUUCGAUGUGUUUGAGAGCGACGAAUUCGACAGAGCAUACCAGCAACACAGUCAAACAGCGCACAUGGGAGUCCUCGACCCGGAGUACCAGACCUUUACGAGCCAGAACGGCUACGGCGCGGUCGUGUACACGGUCAAAGACGGGACACUGGUGGUAUCUGGAGACCCGCUGGCUGCGCCGGAGCACUUCGAGCCUCUGCUAGAGGAACUUGCCCAGUUCCGCAAGAAGAACCGCCUCAAGAUUGCUUUCAUGGGCGUCAGCGAGACAUUCGCCAUGUAUGCACAGAAGCGAAACUGGAUCCCAGUGAGAUUCGGUCGAGAGCGGGUGCUCAAUCCAAUGACCAACAAGAUCCUUUCCAAUCAGGGUGCAGGAAAGCGGAUGCUUGCCCAGAACCGGCGACUGUUGGAUCCGAAACGCGAGGGCAUCAGCAUUGGCAUUUAUGCGCCGGGCAUCAAUGGCAUCGACCGAUCAAUGGAAGUCCAAUUACAAGUCAUCUACGACCAGUGGCGCGUGGAGCGCAACUGCAAGAAAGAGAAGGACCUGCAAACAUUCGUCACGGUAUACGAUCUCUUUUGUCGACGGAACAUCACCUUCUUCCUCUACACAAGCGACCGCGAAGGGCACGUCAACGGUUUCGCCGCACUGCGAAACGUUGGCGCGAAGAAUGGCUUCCACCUCGACCCGUGCAUCGCGUCGCCGACGGCGCCGCGCGGCAUCACCGACCUGCUCAUCGUCACGGCAAUGCAGCUGCUUCGCGACACGGGAGUGUCGUACCUAUGCCUUGGCCAUGAGCCGUUCCUCGAUCUGGGCGACAUGCCGAACCAAGACGGCUUAAAGGCGCGCGUGGCUCGCGACAUGUUCCACCGGGUGGUGGACUCGGCGCAGCUCGGCGGAAAGCGGACUUACAAUAACAAGUUCCAUCCCGACGAGUCGCAGUCGUCGGAGCUGUACGUCGUCCUGCCGGGGGGAUCCUCGCUGCUGCGGCAAGCGGCGGCGGUGAUGCACGUGGCCAACAUCAAGAUUCGGCGACUGUUGAUAUGA